UCUCAUUCUCUCUCUCUCUCUCUCUCUCUCUCUCUCUCUCUCUCUCUCUCUCUCUCUCUCUCUCUCUCUCUCUCUCUCUCUCUCUCUCUCAGUGUGUGAGUGCUGGAAAAUGGCAGAAUCCAGUAUUUCAGUAGAUCAGGAUCAGUUCAGCUGUCCAGUGUGUCUGGAUCUCCUGAAGAAUCCAGUAGUUACUUCCUGUGGACACAGUUUCUGUAAGGUGUGUAUUAAUGGCUGCUGGGAUCAGGAGGAUGUGAAGGGCGUCUACAGCUGUCCCCAGUGUAGAGAGACUUUCACUCCAAGGCCUGUUCUACGCAGGAACAACAUGCUGGCUGAAGUGGUGGAGAAACUGAAGAAGACUGAACUCCACGCUGCUUCUCCUGCUCACUGUUACGCUGGACCUGGAGAUGUGGAGUGUGAUUCCUGCACCGGGAGAAAAUGCAAAGCCGCCAAAUCCUGUGUGGUGUGUCUGGCCUCCUUUUGUGAAGAUCAUCUUAAACCUCACUUUCAGUCUCCUGCCUUUAAGAAGCACAAGUUAGUGGAAGCCUGUGCAGAGCUCCAAGAGAAGAUCUGCUCUCAGCACGACAAACUGAUCGAGAUCUUCUGUCGUACUGACCAAAGCUUCAUCUGUUACUUGUGUUCGAUGGAUGAUCACAGAGGCCAUGAUACGGUUUCAACUAAAGCAGAAAGAAUGAAAAAACAGAAUGAGCUACAGGAGGAGCAGAUGAAAUCCCAGCAGAGGAUCCAGGAGAAGCAGGAGAAGGUGCAGGAGCUGAAACAGACUGUGGACACUAUUAAGAUGCAUUCACAGGCAGCAGUAGAUGAGAGUGAGAAGAUCUUUACUGAGAUGAUCAGCUCCAUGGACAAAAAGUGCUCGGAGGUGAAGGAGCAGAUCAGAGCUCAGGAGAAAGCUGAUCUGAGUCGAGCUGAACGACUCCUGAAGCAACUGGAGCAGGAGAUUGCUGAUCUUAAGAGGAGAGUCACUGAGCUGGAGCAGCUUUCACACACACACGAUCACAUCCACUUCCUCCAGAGUUUCCCGUCUCUCUGUGUUUCUCCUGGAUCUGAGGACUCACCCAGCUUCACUGUCCAUCAACAUCCCUCAUUUGAUGGAGUGAGGAAAUCUCUCUCAGAUCUGAAAAAACGAGUGGAGGAAAUCUGUGAGGAGGAAUUCAACAAAAUCCGUCCACAAGUUGCAGCAGUUCAGAUGAUUUCACUCUCAGAACCAGAGAGCAGAGAAGAUUUUCUGCAGUAUUUCUGUUAUCUGACUCUGGAUCCCAACACAGUAAAUCAUGACCUCAUUCUGUCUGAGAAGAACAGAGCAAUGAAGCGCAAGGGGAGAAAACAGCGAUACUCUGAUCAUCCAGAGAGAUUUGACUCCUGGCUUCAGGUGUUGUGUAAGGAGAGUGUGUGUGGACGCUGUUACUGGGAGGUGGAGUGGAGCAGUGUUGUGUACAUAUCAGUCUCAUAUAAAGAGAUCAGCAGGAAAGGACGGGGUGAUGAGUGUGUAUUUGGAUUCAACAGUCAGUCCUGGUGUCUGUGGUGUUCUUCUUCCUCUGUCUCUUUCCGGCACUACUACACACAGACUGAUCUCCGAGGUCCAGCGUCCUCCAGAAUAGGAGUGUAUGUGGAUCACAGUGCAGGAACUCUGUCCUUCUACAGCGUCUCUGACACGAUGAAGCUGCUCCACAGAGUCCACACCACAUUCACUCAGCCUCUAUACGCUGGGUUCUGGAUGUGGAGUUCUGACUCGACUGUGAGGUUCUGUGAUCUGAAAUGAAAUGUUGGUAAAAGUUUUUAGAAUUAGAAUGGCACUUUUGUGUGCAGAAACUGUAACAGUUCCACAUUAUUAUUAUUAUUAUUAUUAUUAUUAUUAUUAUUAUUAUUAUUAUUAUUGCUAUUAUUAUUAUUAUUAUUAUUAUUAAAAUGUUUUGGAUAAAUAAUUCAUACAUUAUGACGGCGGUAAAUCUAUCUAUCUGUAUAUCUAAAAGUAUUGGAAAACUCUAAAUCUCUAAAGCUAUAAAUUCAUGCUAGCAACAUGCUAUUUCAUGUGAGCAAUAUGCUAAAUCAUGCUAGCAACGUGCUAAAUCAUGUUAGCGACAUGCAAAUUCUUGCUAGCAAGAGGCUAAUUCAUGCUAGCAAUGUGCUAAACCACCCAGUACACCCUAGCAACUGCUUAGCAACACCCUAGUAACCAGCCAAAACACCCUAGCAACCACCCAUAACACUCUAGCAACCACCAGUCUGUCUGUCUAUCUAUAUAAUCAACUCUAUAAUGAUUGUCACUCUGUCUAUAUUUCAGACUCUCUUUCUCAAGCCAACAUCAAAGUUUGUUGUGAUGAACUUUACCUAUCUAGUUUUAUUUUAUAUCUUUAACCAUUUUCUGGUCAGGAGUCAGGAAACACACAGUGCACUCUGAGAGCAUAAACAACAAUUUCAGAAGUUUUUAAAAAUAUAUUAAUAAGUAACUACUAUAUCUCAUUGACACACAAGAAUUCAGAGCCUUUACUGAGACACUUGAAACUGAGCUCAGGUGCAUCCUGUGAUCAUCUUAGAGAUGUUUCUAUAACUUGAUUAAAGUUCUCCUGUGGUAAAUUCAGUUGACUGGUGUAGGGGAAAUGGGUCUGUUUAUACAGGAAGCACUAGAAAUGUGGGGUACAGUCAGGUCCGUAAAUAUUUGGACAUUGACAAAGUUAUUGUUCAUUUUAGCUGUCUACUACAGUGUAUUGGAGAUGACAUUAAAGAAUGAAUAUGAGCUCAAA